GAACAGUAGAUGAGAAUAAAACAGAAUCUCUUGGAAGAAAGGAACAUGACUCAAGGAGGGAAAUUCCUGUUGCCAUAAGAGGACUGCUGGUAUAUAAAGUGCCUUACAUAUGCCAGUAAGAAUUCUCUUCCAUGAUCUGCUUUUCUACUCCCCCCAAGAAGAAUAUCAAAGCCAAAGCAGCAGCAACAAGCAUGAGUGUGAGGGUCAUGGCUACAGUCCUGGCUGUGAUAUUAUGUGCUGCAAUUGUUCAAGGCUUCCCUAUGUUCAAAGGGGGACGGUGUCUUUGCAUAGGCCCUGGAGUAAAUGCAGUGAAAGUGGCAGAUAUUGAGAAAGUCUCUAUAAUUUACCCAACUAAUAACUGUGACAAAACAGAAGUGAUUAUCACCCUGAAAACAAAUAAAGGACAAAGAUGCCUAAAUCCCAAGUCAAAGCAAGCAAAAGCUAUUAUCAAGAAAAUUCAAAGAAAGAAUUCUUAAAAAUAUCAAAACAUAUGAAGUCCUGGAAAAGAGGAUAUGAAAACCUAGAACAAGUACAACUGUGACUACUGAAAAGAUAAGAACUCUGCAGUAAGGAAACUGACUUUCUCCUCUGGCUGCAAUGAACAUUCACGCAUUUCUAGGUUAGGAAACUCUCUAGGAGAUUUGAUACUCAUAACUAUUUUGCUGUGGCUAUGAAAGCAUUUCUGUCUCCAGAAGUUAUCUGUCUGUACUUGACCUAUAUUUCAUAUUACAAUAUUAUUAUUACUAGAAUUAAGACCAUGACUCAUAAGUCAAAGCAUCCAUGAGUAUAAUAAUCAUUCCUUAAAUAAUUUUUAUGUCAAUUAAUA